UGAGAUUUUUCUCUUUCUCUCCCUGUUGUGCUUUUCGUCUUUGUUUAUGGGAUUGGACAGGCGAAUGCACUGAUGGAGCCCUAGUGAGGAAGAUCUUUGCCUAGUGGAUUUGGGAGCAACCAGUUCUUGCCAUUGCCUACCACAACUCCAGCCCCCUGACACGGAUGGGCUUCUACAGCUCCGGGCCUUCUGAGCACACAACCUGCCCUCCUCUAGUGGGGCAUUUUAAGUUGUGUUCUCUUGUAAGCACUUCCUUUUUGCUGUCCUUAGAGGUUAGUGUAUGAGGCUUUUUAAUGCAUGGGAGAUGGGUCAGGACCAGACAAAGCACCAGAUAGAGAAAGGACUUCAUCUUUAUCAGUCUAAUCAGACCGAAAAGGCCCUGCGAGUCUGGAUGAGGGUUUUGGAGAAGUCUGCGGAUCCUGCUGGCAGGUUUCGGGUUUUGGGUUGCCUCAUCACUGCUCAUGCAGAGAUGGGCAGAUACAAAGACAUGCUGAAGUUUGCAGUGGUACAGAUUGACACAGCACGGGAGCUGGAAGACCCAGAUUACCUUACAGAGAGCUACCUAAACCUGGCUCGCAGCAAUGAGAAACUCUGUGAAUUCCAGAAAACAAUCUCUUACUGUAAGACAUGCCUGAACAUGCAGGGUACCACUGUGAGCCUGCAGCUGAAUGGCCAGGUGAGCCUGAGCAUGGGCAAUGCCUUCUUGGGCCUCAGCAUUUUCCAGAAGGCUUUGGAGUGCUUUGAGAAAGCUUUGCGCUACGCACACAACAACGAUGACAAGAUGCUGGAGUGUCGAGUCUGCUGCAGCCUCGGGAACUUCUAUACCCAGAUAAAGGACUACGAGAAAGCCUUGUUCUUCCCAUGUAAAGCAGCUGAGCUGGUGAAUGAUUACGGAAAGGGCUGGAGCUUGAAGUACCGUGCAAUGAGCCAGUAUCACAUGGCCGUGGCCUACCGGAAGCUGGGGCGCCUGGCCGAUGCCAUGGACUGCUGUGAGGAGUCCAUGAAGAUUGCCCUGCAGCAUGGUGACCGGCCACUGCAAGCGCUGUGUCUGCUAUGCUUUGCAGAUAUCCAUCGCAGUCGCAAAGACGUGCAGACAGCCUUUCCUCGGUAUGAUUCUUCCAUGAGCAUCAUGACAGAGAUUGGAAACCGCCUGGGCCUGAUCCAGGUGCUGCUAGGAGUGACUAAGUGCUGGAUGAUUCAGAAGGAGCUGGACAAGGCUCUGGAAAGCAUUGAAAAGGCACAGGAGCUGGCAGAGGGACUAGGGAACAAGCUUGGCCUGCUGAAGCUCCACUGCCUGUGUGAAAGGAUCUAUCGCACAAAGGAGCAGCAGCGAGAAUUGCGUGACCAUGUAGUGAAGUUCCAUGAAUGCGUGGAGGAGAUGGAGCUGUACUGUGGCAUGUGUGGAGAGUCCAUUGGGGAGAAGAACAACCAGCUCCAGGCACUACCUUGUUCCCACUUCUUCCACUUAAAGUGCCUCCAGACCAACGGGACCCGCGGCUGCCCCAACUGCCGCCGCCUGUCGGUGAAACCCGGCUACGUGUGACCGCCCGCGGGGCUCGGCGGUGCCGCGGGCACUGACGGAGCCGCUCCCGGGCCCCGCUGGGCCAUGCGGGGCCACCGGCGGCCGCGGGGGCGUCCUCGGCUUCUCCUGCGUGUGGCUCACCGCGACUCGGCCCGACCCCGCCGCCUUCCCCCUCGCUCCUCUGUACGGGCACUGACUGUAAUAAAGCUUUCUC